UCUCUUGUCCUCAUGUGAAUGCGUGGCAACAAAAUAACGUGAGGCUCUUUCUCAACCAAAAUAAUAUUUAUGUGCAGUCUCAUUUGCCCUUUCUUUUCUUUUUUUUUUUUAUUUUCCACUGGUAUCCGGGCUUCGUCCCGAUUAAUUCGGACUCAACUCGGGUCUCGCGUACCUAAAAAUAAUGGAUGAGUCUCCCAACGGAGACUACUGCAUACAAAGUCUCAAACUUAAAACCUUAUUUAAAUUGGAACAAGUCGUUUACCAUUUGAUUCAACCCCUUUGGUGUCAUUUGCCCUUUCGAUACCCUCAAAAAGCCACACCGCCGUUCUCCAUUCACGUCGCCAGCCGUCUUCUUCCCGAUUCCCACUAUGAUCCCUAUCUCAGAUUUCUCCCGCCUGUUUUUCACUUGUGCUGGUAUCUUUGCAAUUGUUUGGUAUACAUGGACAUACUUCAAAUCCAGAAAGGGGAUUUCAAAGUUGCCACCUGGACCCCCUGGCCUCCCUCUCGUCGGCAACCUUCCCUUCCUUGACCCUGAGCUUCACACCUAUUUCACUGCCGUGGCUCGGAAAUAUGGACCAGUUGUCAAGCUUCAACUAGGAACCAGGAUUGGUAUACUGAUCACCUCCCCUACCCUGGCCCGUGAAGUCCUCAAAGACCAUGACAUCACAUUUGCUAACCGCGACAUGCCCGCCGUCGGGGGACCAGCAACGUACGGUGGCUCUGACAUCGUGUGGAACCCUUACGGACCUGAGUGGCGGAUGUUGAGGAAAGUCUGUGUGGUCAAGAUGCUAAGCAACACGACUCUGGACUCUGUUUAUGCGCUCCGGCGAAGGGAGAUCCGGGGAACUAUGGCUUAUAUCAACAGUCGGGUGGGGUCCCCAGUGAAUGUUGGGGAGCAAGUGUUUCUAACCAUAUUGAAUGUGAUUACGAGCAUGUUGUGGGGUGGGACAAUGCAGGGCGACGAGAGGGCUGCCCUUGGGGCAGAAUUCCGGAAGGUGAUCUCCGACAUCUCCGACCUUUUCGGUUUACCCAACGUUUCAGAUUUUUUCCCGGCUCUGUCCCGGUUUGAUUUGCAGGGCUUGGUGAAACGGAUGGGGACGCUGGCGAGUAAGCUGGAUACAAUCUUCGAUAGGAUAAUUGAGCAGCGGCUGAAGAACGAAGAAGGAGAAGAAAGCAAGGAUUUCUUGCAGUUUCUAUUGAAGUUGAAGGAUGAAGGCGAUCCUAAGACCCCUUUCACCAUGACUCACCUCAGAGCCUUGCUCAUGGUAAGUUUCUAAUUUUUUCCAUAGUAAGUCAGAUCUCUCUGCCUCUUUCAACACACUAACUAAGGUUGGAAUUGGACAGGAUAUGGUGGUAGGCGGAUCUGACACAUCCUCCAACUCAAUAGAGUUCACCAUGGCUGAAAUCUUGAACCACCCAGAGGU